AUGGAGAAAGGUGCCCAGGCCUCAGACUCCGACAGUGAUGAGACGAUGAUUGAGGGGUCGGUGACAGAGAACGAACUGGAAGAUGAGGAGCUUCCCUGGAGAAGGUUGCUCUUGAAUCAAGACACAACUUUUAGAUCUGAGUUCUGUUUUCAUUCUGGUAUAAAUGGAAUGCAGAAAGGCAUGCAAUCUCCUGAGAUUCAGCUUGGACUCAAACUCAGAAAGGACUCACAAGAGCAAAAUAAUAAAAAUAAGGUGUUGCCGGCUCUUAGUGAGGACCUAGUGUUACAGGAUCCUCAGGAUGAAACAACACAAAAUCAAGUUCUGUUACAACCUAGAAAAGAAUUCCCAGCAUUCACUGGGUCAUUUCCUUACCCUGAAGUUUCAUGGAGUCACCAAAACACUGGAGGGCCUGAAGCUGAAAAUUGUGAAGAUUUGCCACAUUCAGAAAAGGAACUAAGUGAAAACUCAGAUUCCCCUGAAGUUAGUCUUCUCUCAGGGACUUCUCUUACUGCAUCUGAUUUGCUUGCGUUAAAGGAGAAAUUAACAGAGCCAGUGAAGACCUUAGCGGUACCAAACAUGUUUUCUGAGCCUGGAAAGGAAGUAACACAGACCAUGACAUCUAAAGAAACCAAAGAUGAAGAAAGCUCUCUUGAAACAUUUGUGUCUACUUUAGAAAAGUUACUAGAAUCACCAGAAUGUACCCAAGAGGAAAGGCUGCUUGAAAAAAUGAAUGACUUCAAUCUUCAAGAGUUGUUGAACACAUUGAGUUCUGUAUCUGACCCUUUGGAUGCCUUGUCAGCACAUGAUAGAGAUGUACUAGAAAACAAGGCUGAUGCUGCAUUGCCAGCUAAAUUGCUGGCAACUGUUAACACAUUGCCAGGUGCUAAUGUGGCACCCAUCUGUCAAGGACAAGAGAAAAGCAGCAGUGUUAGUGGUGGAAAUGGAUGUUUAGAAGUGCAGUCCACCAUGUCUCAUAUUGAUGAAGAUUGUACACAGAUAGCACAGAAUAUAGAAGACCCAAAACCAUUUAGAUUACAAAUAUUGUCUCAUGAAAAUGCCACCUCUUAUGAGCAACUAAACAAAAAGGAAAAUUCGGAUCCCAUGAAAAACACCUCUACCCAGGAAACACCUCAUGUACUAAGAAGAUCAUCUAGACUGGAAAAGCUGAAAGCAAGCAGAGAUGUGGUGUAUACAGAUGUUAUAUUGAAGAACCCAAAAAGGAUUUUAUCAAAGGCACUUAGCUGUAAGGAUCGAAUAAAUAGCAUAUUUACAACUGAGAAUUUCAGUAAAAGGAAGAAUAUGCAUUCAUCAAGAUUAAAGAAUGAACAGAUAAGGAACAAUGGCCAACUUAGAAUAAAGAAUGAGACAAAAGAGAUGAAUAAACUAAGUCGUAGUACCAUAAACCGGAGAAACGUCUUUGGAGAGAAUUUAGUAUAUAAAGCUGCUCUCCAUAAUGAUGUUGAUUUAGUUCACCGUUGCAUAACAAAUGGCGGAAAUGUCAAUCAGCCGAGUUAUGCUGGGUGGACAGCACUUCAUGAAGCUAGUGUAGGAGGAUACUAUGGAACAGUAAGUGAACUAUUAAAGGGUGGAGCAGAUGUGAAUGCCAAAGGAAAAUACCAGAUUACUCCCCUGCAUGAUGCAGUGAAGAACAGCCAUUACAAGGUGGCAGAAUUACUUCUUAUGAAUGGAGCUGAUCCAUUACUUAAAUGUGACUAUGGAAGGUGUGCUUUGGAUGAGGCCAAAGAUUCAUUUAUGGAGAAUCUCCUUAUGAGAUAUAUUCCUCAACAUACAAAAUGUCACCUAUCAGCUCAAAGGAACAAUACUGACACAGCACAUGUAGAAGAUAUGUUUCAGAACAAGAAACCAAAAUUAAAUUCUAAUAACUAUACUGAGUUUAUUUGUGAUGAAAUUUUUAAUAGGCAAGAACCAGGACAUUUAGAAAUCAAUAAAGGAAGCAACAAUUUAUUUAUGAAUAAAGAAUAUGUAUUUGAACAUUGCCAGGAAAACUUCAAUACCACAAAAUUUGGCAAUUCCAAGCCUUGGCAGUCAACUAUUAACCAAAUGGACUAUACAGGAUUCAGAAGGAGUAAUCUAAACAGUGUGAAAGGUAGCCAAACUAAUGUGUCUAAAACUAAAGGACAAAAAAAUCUACAACAAAAAAAGACUCAAAUCGAUGAUCAAGACUACAAUUUAAGUCCGGAAAUAGCUAUUUAUUCUUUGAGGAGAAUGAAUGAAUUACUCACUCAGCAGCAGCAUGCUGUCCAGACUGUCAGGGACCUUCCAGAAGAGUCGUGUGAACUUUCUGCCCCAACUCUAUCAAGCUUGGAAAAUGGCAUUGGGAACAAUGAGGCUUGUUUGGUUUCCAGAAAGUCAGAUACUCACGUCCUGGAUCCAUCAGAUAGUCAGGAAACGCAGUUCUUAGGGUCCAUUGAUCAAACUGAAACCGCUUCUGUCUCUGAACUUUCAUCAUAUAAAGAAAUAAAAUUAUUACCUGUAACUACAGAUCAACAACCUCAUGCUAACCAAGAUCAAUACAGUGGCCCAUAUAAGUCCCCUGGAAACAAUACCUCAGAUGAAAAAGGUAAGAAGAUGAUUAAUAAAUGGGAAGAUUCUUUCCUCUCCUUCAUAAGGGGAAGCUUUGCUGACAGAAAUAGCCACACCUCCGACAAGUCCAUAGCAUCUCCAAAAGAGGGCAUGGGCCACUGUCAUCACAAAGAGAUAAUGACAGAUAAAGAAGUAGAUUCUCAACAGCUUCUAUCUUCUGAAAACUAUUUUUCACAAGAAAAUGACCUAAAAGUUGGUACCCUAACUAUACACCCUCAAGAGGAACCUGUUAAUUCUUGUGAUUCAAGUAGUACAUUAAUUUCUGCACAACAUAUUCCAAAUUAUAAAAAGUGUAUACAUGGAACUUUUGAUCACACAUAUAGCAAGACUGAGCAAAGUUCUAUAUCUUGUACAAGACCACCUUCAACACAGAAACUUUCACCAUUGUCUGUUGAGGUGGAGCUAUUAAAAGGAUCCCAGGAUUUUCUAGCCCACAGAGACUCAAGUCUUUUAGUCAAUCAAGCUGAUAUACCUAAUGUGGAAAAGAAGCGAGACACUGACAGGGAUCAUCCCAAGAAAGGUCAAAGCCCAGGUUCUUCAAGUAGCUCUCUACCAACAGCUGUUCAUUCUCAAGUAAUAGGCAUAACUAAAGCUGAGAACAGCGGAGAAGCCCUUCCAGGAAAUGAGCCCAUGCAGAAUAGAGAUUUUUAUUCCACUGACAGUGUGAACAAAGAAUUGGCCAAUUCCUCACAACUUAGCCAAGGAAAGGAGAGGGAAAUUGUUCAUAAAUCAGAUGCAGAGUUAACUAAUGAUGCUGGCACAGCUGAAAGAACUUUAAAAGGUUGUGAGGAGAAAAGGGAAAACAUGGACUCUGAAACUCACAGUCCUUGUGAUAUCGAAGAUCACAAAAAAGACAAGAAUUUCAGAAAAAGAAAAAGUUCCUUGAAAGCUUCCUGCAGCCAAGAAGUGAACACAGGUGGACUCAAUAAGAGGAAUGCCAAAGGAGAAAGCCGGCUCCAUGUGGCUUCAAGAGGAGGAAAUAUUUCCCUAGUGAAAGUGCUGAUAGAAUCUGGAGCAGAUGUGAAUCUAAAAGACAAUGAAGGUUGGACACCCCUUCACAAGGCAUCUAGUGGGGGAUUUGAUGAUGUAAUUGUAGAGUUACUAAAAGCUGGUGCAAAUGUAAACUGUGAAAAUAUACAUGGAAUUUUGCCUUUACAUGGUGCUUCUGCAGGGAAUCAUUUAAAGGCAGCUGAAAUACUCCUAGAACAUGGAGCAAACCCUAGUCAGAAAGAUGAGAAGCAGAGGACUGCUUUGGAUGAAGCAGGUGAUGAAAAAAUGAAAGAACUACUAAAAUCCUAUGGUGCUGUUGAGAGGAACUCUGCAGUUCUGGUAAAAUUUCCUGCUGUUCAGCCAAAAAGAUAUAAGCAGUUUAUCUGUGACAAUGACAAAGCAGUUAGUUCUCCUGUCCCCUCGUAUAAAGCGAUGAGGAGUGAGAGCCUUCCUGCGCAUCAGACCAUCAGUGCCAUUCUACAAGAUAUAGAAGAAAAACAAGAAAAUUUAUUAAAGUUUGAAAUAAGAAACCCUGAAGAUGAAGAACAAUACAUUGAAAAGAUGUUAGAGAUAAAAGAAGUUAUGGAUAAUAUACUUGCUCAGCAGAAAACAGAAAGGGAUGAUCUAGCUAAAAAAUACAGGGUGUCUAUGGAGUCAUUUAAGCAUGGGCCCCUGAGAGAACAACUGGCUAACCUGGCCACAAGACAAAAGAGUCUUUUAGUUGUUGCAAAAAAACAGAAAAAGAUAAGACUGAAAAUUCAAACCUAUAAGAAUACCACACCAUCAUCUGGUGUUAGUUUAAGGAAGCCGCCAUGUAACUCAGACAUCUCUAGUGACAAGAAGAGCCAAGAGCCUCCUAGUAUGGGAAACUCAGCACAUGCCCAGUCAGGCUCACUUGCUCCUGUCAAUCAUGCAUACAGAAGCAUGCAAGAAGUACCAUUGUCUCCGGAACCACAGAGUGACAGCCAGAAUAUUAACAUUUGCUUAAGUGCACAGGCAAUAAGAAGAAAAGAAUUCUCUGGAAAUGACACAAAUUCUAAACAAAAUGUCCAGGAUUGUGCCUUGGGUGGGUUAUUAAGAUCCAAACCCCCAGAGGACACUGAGAAAAUUAUGUCAUCAUCCCAACCUACUGCUCUUAUUCCUCAAGCAGAAAAUUCACCAGCAGAAAAUAUUUUUACAGAAACUACAGUAAAAGGCUAUGGAUGUGAUAGUUCUGUACUAACUGGCACUAUAAAUAUUUCAGAAGAUAAAAGUAUAUUUUCCCAAAAUGAUGCUUGUCUACCAGCUGUUUCUCAGAAUCAAGAGCUUUUCCGUUGUAAUCCAAAAAGAAGAAAGCAGAAAACAGCUUCCCAACAACCAUCUGAGGGAACAUCAGAGCCUCUGGCUCAGGCCAUUGCUGUCUUAGACACCUAUACUGUGCAUCAGACAAUGCCAUGUCUUAACAAGUCAGCUUCUGUUGUCUCACAUACAGAUAGUAUUCAGAUCUCUCCUUCCUCUAUGUCUGCCCAGCAGCAUUCUACCAAAAGGGCUCCACACCACAACACGACUCCCAGAAAGAAAACUGUGCAGCUCAAAGACUUGAUAGUACUUGGAAAAAUUAAUCCAGGAAAUAACAUUCUGGAAUUUAAAACACAGGAGACUACCCACAAAGCCAGUGUUUUACUGAGUGGUAAACUUAAGGUAGAAAAUGGUCGGAUUUACCAGAGCCCAGUCAGCUGGCUCAAGGAUCUCCUUGGAGGUGGCAAUUACGUGACCUGGAAUUAUGCUUGGAAUAAGGUAACAUACCUUGGGAAGGAACUUCUGAAGUAUGUUUCUGAAGAAGCGCCUAUUUCUGCAGAACCAUGUAACACACCUCAGCAACAGCAGCCUUGCCUCUCAGCAGGCACUUCCAGAGAGUCAAUACAAACCAUCCCUCAUUAUCUACAGAUAAAAGAAAUACUUCUAAUCAGCGAUCAAGAGCUUCUGCCAUGCCAUGUAAUGGAGCAGCAUUGGAAGUUCUAUGUGGAGUGUAAGAAGCUAACGUUCUGA